AUGAGUGUCCGUGUUGUUGCCCGUGUGAGGCCUCUGUGGAAGACAGAGCGCGAACUUGAUGUGAUCGUCCGACCCGGGAACGUGUCGACUGAUGCGCUCAAGGUAAAGAAGGACUCCCCUUCAGCCAAGGCUGCUGUUAAAGAACGGGAUACUCUUAUCAGGAUUCCUAAUCCCAAAAAUGAGGGUGAACAAUACACCUUUCAAUUCAAUGCUGUCUACGGAGGCGAAGCCACACAACAGGAGCUCUUCGAAGCUGAAGUGGCACCUACUGUCAAGCAUCUAUUCAACGGGUUUGAUGUUACGAUUUUUGCAUACGGCGUCACUGGAACCGGGAAAACACAUACCAUGCGAGGAGGUAAAAGUCUUCAAGAUCGAGGAGUUAUCCCCCGACUCUUGAGCGCAAUCUAUCGACGGAGCCGGAAGAUUGAGAGAGAAUCCGAAGGCGCAAGCAAGGUGGAAGUCUUGAUGAGCUACUACGAAAUAUACAAUGACAAGGUGUUUGAUCUGUUUGAACCUCCAGAAAAGAGGACGCUGGCCGGGCUGCCACUUAGGGACAACCAUGGAAAGACUGUGGUUGUUGGCUUGACAGAGCGUCCAUGUCCCAGCUUGAAAGACUUUGAAAGUCUCUAUGACCAGGCUAAUACCAACCGGUCGACGUCCGCGACGAAGCUCAAUGCUCAUUCUUCACGAUCACAUGCUAUUCUUUGCGUCAAGCUUGUCGUUACAAAUGGGGAUAGAACUCGUGUCAGCAUAGCAUCUGCUAUUGAUUUAGCUGGUUCGGAAGAUAACAGACGAACCGAGAACGGAAAGGAACGCAUGGUGGAAUCCGCAAGUAUCAACAAGAGUCUUUUUGUACUGGCUCAGUGCGUAGAGGCCAUCAGUAAGAAGCAGUCUCGUAUACCUUAUCGAGAGUCGAAGAUGACUCGAAUCCUCUCAUUAGGCCAGAACAAUGGCCUGACAUUGAUGAUACUGAAUUUGGCUCCCAUACGCUCAUACCAUCUGGACACCAUCAGCUCCUUGAACUUUGCCAAUCGUACGAAGAAGAUUGAAGUGAGGGAAGUCGAAAAUGAGCCCAUGUUCAAAGGGCCGCCAAGAUCAACACGAUUAGCAUCCGCACCAUCUCAGCGGCAACCAUUGCGAUCCUUGACUGCAUCUGUCAAUGUGAAUAUGCCGGUGAAUGAUGAGAAAAAGGCUGAUGAUAAGAAAGUCGAUGAGAAAAAGCCACCCAAGGCUUUUUAUGUGUAUUCGGACAAGCAGCCCGUCAAGCCUCACAGGACGUCGCUCAAACGUUCCUCCCCUUUGAAGGAGAAUACUCCCAAUGUUAAGCGUCAGUCUUAUUCGAAGUUGUCCAAAGAGACAGACAAGAUAAGUGUCUCAGCCGACACGAUUGCAGAAAUGGUGGAGAAGAAAGUGGAGCAGAUGCUAGCAGCUCGAGCGCUUGAUGACUCUCAUCAACAUCAAGCUCAAUUGGUGCAGAUGAAUGAACAAAUGCAGCGUCGUCUGGAAGUUCUAGAGCGAAGGAUUGAAGGGACAGAAGAUGCUCGUGCGGAGGGGCUUUCCUAUCUCUUGAUGGCAAAACAACACCACGGAAGGAAAGAAUAUUCUUCGGCUUUGCGGAUGUACAAGCUUGCGUUGCCGUUUUUCCCACGUAACCAGAAGCUUGCUGUCAAGAUCGCCAGUCUUGAAGAGAAGCUGCAGCCCAUGGCUAAGCCGCAGCCUGAGCCGACAGUGACACUGCCUGGACGAGGAAGUAUGCUAUCUAUCAGCAGACCUACAAAGAUGGCGAGGACCAAUUCGUCCAGAGAUUUCAGUGAUGACGAGUAUCAAGAGUCUGAUAAUGAGUUUGCUGAAGAUGAUAAUUAUACUGAUUCUUUUACUGGCCUCAAGCGGAAGCGUGCAGCUGCAGAUACAAAAAGUUCGUCCCUGUUUGGAGUUCAAAACGAUCUCAGUAAAGGCGUCGGCGAUGAGUUGUUGAUACAAUCUCCGCGAACAGCUAACCUGCUUUCUGUCAUCAAUUCCAGAGAUGUUGGUCAGAUCAAGCUGCUUAAGGGCGUUGGGGCUAAGAAAGCCGAGGCGAUCGUCGAUUGCCUGUGCGAGAUGGAUACUGUGCAUGAGUCGAGAUCUGGACAGGCACAAGUACGAAGUCUUGCAGAGCUGAGCAGACUGAAAGGUGUCGGUCUGAAGACCGUACAAAAUAUGAGAAGCGGAGUAUUGGUGUAG